CCCAAAGUAAACAAUUGCUAGCAUUCAGAUCCGCACCUUUUGGAUAGGAGGUUUAUGCGCAUGCGCCCUCUGAUGCAUCCUUUGCUAACAUUUACAUAUUUGCUUGACCAUCCACUCCAUUAACUGCGCUAUACCCACCACCACCAUCACACAGGGCCUCAUGCGCCCACAACCAGGGCUGCCAUGGACGAGGACGAAGACGCGUCCAUGAUGUCGGUCGACGACAUUUCGUCGUCCACGGAUCCACUCCUCGAGACGGCCGCCACGCCAGCCUCUCGCUCCGUGACACCAGCUAUCCCAGCCCACCUCCCCGCAUCGGCGCGUCGCGGUUCCCGUAGAAACCAGCCCACUCCACGAACACAACGAGUCCAAGCCCUCCGAGAAAGCACGCCGAGAAAGCGCAUGUUCGAAUUGGACGUUGGAGACGCGCGAUCGCCCCAGCGCCUGCUGGUCACUGUCGAAGCCGAGUCCUCGAGAGUUACUUCAAGAAGCAGUGUUAGUCGCCGUCUGUUUCAGCACUCGACGCCAACCGCUCGCAGCAUCCGCGAAAGAGAAAGGACGACUUCGGUUACGGUUCCCUUGCGCGGCGUGGAGGAUGAUGGCGACGACGAUAUUACUCGACUUGGCGAGUUUGUUACACCGAGGCCGCGCGGAAGGCCACCACGAACAGCUACUCCAGGCACGGCCUUGCGCUCCGAGACACCAAAGACGACGACUCGCCCGAUGCGACCAGCGACCCCCGGGUUCCGACUGCGCGAGAGACGAUCAUCGUCCAAGGACGUUCUAGAUUCGGAUGUCACAAUCGAUUUCAGCAAGCUCGGGUUUACACCAGGUACAAAGCGGCGGAUAAGCUUGACACCAGGGCCCAGCAGUCGUGCGCCGAAGCGGAGAAAGGGUGUUUCGCCGGUGAGACAGCCUAGUCUGCUGGGUCCGGGCUCUGCGCGAAGGAAACGAGGCCGUCCGAGGAAGCAUUCGAUUGCACACGACGAGUUUUCGGCACUGAUAGACCGAGAUCUUACGGCGCUCAAAGAAGACGACUCCGACCAUGAGCCUGGGCCCGAAGCGCAAUCCAGGCGCGACCAACAAGACCGAAACCGAAAUCGGAAUCAGGAACCCAUCCGUCGCGAGCGCAUUGUUCAACGAGUACCGUCAAACGUUAUCUUGGGCAAUACAGGUGUUGGAGCUCCCUCGAGUGAUGCCCCUAGGCCUGACGAGUCGGAAGGCGACUUAUGGCUGGACAACUCGUUUAACCCACCUCAAGACACACCGGCCGCUCGACGAUGGAACGGGGCACCUAGAGCGCAACCCUCCAGGGUCGAUCAGCUGCGACCGGAACCCGCGCGUCGAGAAACACCCCAGUUAGAGUCGGAACUUUCACAUGGAGAUGAGUACGUCGAGUUCGCAGACUUUGGUGGUGGCGAAUCGCAUAGCGACAUCGAAUCGGAGCUCGACGAUGACAAUGCGACACCGAGGGAUACACCAGUUCAGCCAACAGAAACUAGGUUGCCAGGCGAAGAAUUCACCAUGAUAGAUCCAUAUUCGCUACUAUCUAUGCAGCAAAUUUCGAGCUAUGUCGAGGAGCAAGGGCACGAAGCAGCGCAAAACGAGGAUGCUCGUGAUGGCGACACGACAAGCUUUUACAUCAGUAAGACGAUCGGGUCGUUGCGAAUAAGUCAGCAGGAAUCGGACGACCGAUCAAGUCAUAAUAGGACAAUCGAUUAUUCUGUCAACCCCAAUUUGACGACUACGCCAAGGGCACCCCUUCCCAGUUACGACCCGCUAUAUCGAUAUUCGACGGGAGAUAACAGGGGAGAGGCCGAGGUGGUGGAGGAAGUAGAGGAGGAUGAUGCGCAUGAGGGCGAAGAGUCUCUGGAAAGGCACCAGAACCAACCAGGUCCAGGACCGGAACAAGAUUCGGAACCAGAGCCAGAACGAGAGGAAGAACGGGACCCGGAUCUGGAUCGCGAACCAGAGUCGGAACUUGUGCUUGAGCCUGGGUCCGAUGCUGGAUCGGAACCGAAACCCGAAUCAAGGUCUGAACGUGGAAAGGAGGCAGAACCACAACAUGAGCCUGCAUCCGAGCCCGAAGAAGAGCCUGAAGAAUCCGACAUAUGGUUUCAAAAAGAACCACGAAAGCGACAACAACGAGAGCCGCGCAAGGGGAAAACGCAUGAACCAGAACCGGAACCUGGGCCGAAACCCGCGUCAGAAUCCAGUAGUUGGGUUCGGGCAGAACAAAGACAAGAACAUCAACACCGAGUACAGUUGGAAUCUAGCCUUUUGCAUCAGCGGCAAGCAAAUCGAACAAGUCGCCUGGAACGCGAACGGGAAUUAGAAUUUGAGCCAAUAGCUGGGAACACGCCAGACUUCGAACCCUUGCCUGAACAGCGGUCCGAAUCACCACAAGAACCUGAACGUGAGCCGGAGUCUGAACCUCACCAUGAAGAGGAACAGGAGCAGGAGCAGGAGCUUGAGGAUAACCUGGAGUAUGAGCAACAGCAGGAAACCGAAGCAGAAGUACGGCAAGAACAAGCACAACAGCCCAAGUCAUUGUGGGUAAAGUCUCCACACCAACAGAAACAUCGGUCGCUUGAAAGACAACUGGACGUAGAUGUCCGUGGUAACGAUGGGAUGGAUUCGUCAAACCGGUCUCUGGACUAUGACCAAUUCGAAAGACAGGAAUCAAGCGUCCUAUAUCACGGCCACCUUCGAAGAGAAUCGCGAGGCGCUCUGCCACCUGAACCAUCAAGUCCGUUAUUUAGAAAAUCUCAGACAGAUGUUCAGCAACAGACAACAAAGACAAGCAUCCAGCCCUCUGUUGAGCGGCCUUCAUCUACCCCAUCUCCUGUCCCUCCAGAACCCCGCGACUACGACUUUCAGUACGAUUUCGGUUCUCAUGCCAACGUAGAGGCCGACGACGACGCCGAGCUUGACGAUGACGAGCAUAGACAGCCCACCGAGUCCGCCGAGCCCGCUCUAGACGAUGAGAUGCCUUCCUCUCCCCCAACUGGAAGCUUCUCCCGACACGAGCAGCAGCGCCCCGAACCUCCAUUACGCCGAGUCCGAUCGAAUUCGAACGAAACCCCGGCCGACCGACUUACAUCCUUGACCUCGCCAGGUCUUCCGGCUCUUAACCCUCAGAAUCUGAUGCCCCCACCCGACUCACAGAACCGGCCGGCUCUAUCCCCAAUCAUCAGAGCUGGUGAAGCACUGCGGCAGGUAACCUCGGACCCUCCGUCGCCUCCAGGUAGGGGAAGCUUUUUGCGCAGUCCCUUCCGAGGGAUGCCUGGGGUCAAAGACAGCCAUUCGCCGUCACCGUCAGCCUCUAGGGCCUCCCAGUCCCAGGCUCAGCCUCAACCUCAGCCGUUGCCCCAAGCCCAAUUUGACAAUACUCCUAAUCAGCCCGAAAGAUCGGGUUUUGGCUUAUUCAACUCAAUUAAGAAUUUGGUGGCCCAAGGAGCACAAGUUUUAUCGCCACGGAAUGCUUCGACGCAAGCUUCCGUUGAUGCCGGGGAAAGCUCAAGACAAGCAUCAGCCACCGCUGGCAUCACUACUAGUGCCGUUGACAUUGUUAUGGACGACCCAUUCGGUCCAGAUCCGCCCGGGUCUUCUAGAGGAAGCACCGGGCGCAACCCGCUCUUUGGCAGCAUGAUGAGCAAGCGUGGUUCCGGAAGUCAAGACGCCAGCGGCACUGCCAGUGCCAGUGCCAGCGCCAGCACUAGCUUUGAGAGGCAAAGCCGCGCGAGUACCGGUUCUGAUAGACAAGCUUAUGGCCACAAUGGCUUUGGCAGGCAAUCUGAGGAUGUUGCCAGCUUUGGGAGAGGAAGGCAAGGCGAUGCUGGCUUUGGCAGCCAACGCCAAGUCUUCGGGGAAUUGCAUGCUCAAGGCGAUGCUGGCUUUGGCAACCAACGCAAAGUCUUCGGGGAAUUGCAUGCUCAAGGCGAUGCUUGCUUUGGCAACCAACGCCAAAUCUUCGGAGAAUCGUAUGCUCCGGGCUGCACCACCGGCUUUGAAGGACCGGCGCAAGCGGAGACUAGCUUCAGUGGACGAAGUCAGGCCAACACCAGCUUUGACCGACAAGCCAAUGCCAGCACAACCUUUGACAGAUCUCAAGCUCAGGCCAGCAGCAGCUAUGCCAUAAAACAACCUUCAGUGACUACCCGUUUCGACACACAGCGUCAAGCAAACACCAGCUUCGGACAUCCUCCAGCUGAGUCUAGCACCACUCAUGGCAGACAAGCUCAAGCCGAGACCAGCUUCGGCAGUCACCGUCAAGCUAGCACCAGUUCUUCCACCAGACAAGCUCAACCCAACACCAGCUUCGGCAGCACAAACAAGGCCGCUUCCUCCUUCUCCGAGCGCGAGCGCGAGCGCGAGCGUGAAAAGUAUGAGCAUGAGCAUGAGGCAAUGGACUGGCAAGCAGAGGAAUCCAGUCACAGUCAAGAAAUCAACGUGACCCGCGACAGGUCCGCCUCCGCGAGCCUUGGUUUCCACGACAGCAGCGGCCAUAAUUACAGCUCUGGAGGGGAGCGUACUACUACUCGGGAGGAAAACUCUACUCGGAGAUCAUCAGCCAGAAGUGAGGAUCAUCAUCGGGAACCCGAACCCGAACCCGAAGCUCGUCAUCAUAGGGAAGUCAUCGAGGUUGAAACGGUGACUGAAGAAAGAGAGGAAGAGCGAAUAUGGGGAGGCUACGGAGGUGAUGCCAGGGCCAGGUCCAGCUUCAGGGAGAGUAGUCAUUCUGGCAGGAGACAUGGACGGCCGGAAAACUCUACUCUGAGAAGAUCCGUGGGAGAAGAGCGGGAACCCAAAGCUCGCUUUAGGGAAAGCGUCGAAGUUGAAACGGUGACCGAAGAGAGAGAGGAAGAGAGAAUCUAUGGAGGGGGUGAUGCCAGGUCUAGCAGUUUCAGGGAAAGUAGUAACCACUCUAGGAGACAUGGACGGGAUGGCCACCGGCAUGGUUCUUCUCGGCAUGGGUCUCGGCAUGGGUCUCGGCAUGGGUCUCGGCACAGGUCGUCGGAAGAACGGGAGACGAGGGAAGAGCGGGAACGAAGGGAAGGAAGGGAGCGGGGAAGGAGGGAGGUGACGGAAGAGAUUGUGGAGGAGGUACGGGAGGAGGAGUAUGAGCAUGAGCAUGAGAGCGAACACUAUCACUCGGGGGGUCGUCACUCGAGUGGUCGUGAGGAGGAAAGCCGCCGACACGGGAGCUCCCGCUCUAAUCGGUCUGACGACCGAGGUAAAGCUUCGUCUUCUCGGCAGAGGUCGGAAAAGCAAGAGACGAGGGAAGAUCGGGAAAGGAGAGAACGAGGGGCGAGAGAGGUGACUGAGGAAAUUAUGGAGGAGGUCCGGGAAGAGUACGAGCACGAGAGCGAACACUAUCACUCCGGUGGGCGUGGCGAGGAGAGCCGCCGACAUGGGAGCUCCCGCUCCAACCGAUCCGACCGGGGUAAAGCUUCGUCUUCUUCUUCUUGGGAUCAUGGUCACCGUCAGCGAAGUUCCGGAGAACAGGAAGCGAGGGAAGUGCGGGAGGUGACGGAAGAGAUCGUGGAGGAGGAGCGGCGUGAGUAUGAAGAGGAAAGAGGCGGUCGCCAAUCGAGUCACGUUGAAGAAAGUCACCGCCACUGGUCGCGUGGGCCGCGCGGGUCGCAGUCCAGCCGAGCUAGCGAUUCAAGGCGAGAUGAUCACCGACGAGGCUCAAAGGAACGGGAAACCAGAAAGGUGACCGAAGUGGAGGACGAGCGGCAUGAGUAUGAAGAAGAAAGGGAAGGGCAUCACUCAGGGUAUGUGGAAGAAGGCAGCCACAGACAAGAGUCUCAGUCCGACCGAGGCGGAGGUUCCUGGCGGCGUGACCACCAGCGAAGUUCGACAGAACGUGAAAGGAGCGAGGCGGAGGAAACCCGAAAUGACUAUGCGGAGGAAAGUCAAGAGCACCGGGCGAGUCGUGGUUCGGAACAAAGUCGCCAAGGCGAGUCGCUGCUCGAGCGUGGUAGGGCUUCCUCGCGAGGUGAUCAACUGCGAAGCUCGAGAGCGCCACAAGUGACUGAAGUGGAGAAGGCUCGCCACGAGAACUACACCGGAGGUGAAGACUACGAUAUUUCCCAUACGGACGAACACCAUCAACGUGAAGAAUCUCCGCUUGAGCAGCGGACAGACGACCACGAGCACGAGCAAGACCACCGGAUGGAUCAUAUGGAAGAAGAAAGCCACCACCAAGACGAACAGCGGGAGCAGACGCAGGGGCAGGAUGAAGAGGAGGAAGAAGAAGAAGAGGAGGAUCUCUUCCUCCUCGAAGCCAUGCGUUCCUCUCCCGCAGUCAAAGCCAAAUCUCACUUGAAGGAGAAUGAUCCUGUCGGCUUUCUUCCCUCCACCCACCAGCCCCAACCGAGCUCCCGCUGGCAAUCAAACAAGAGCCAGAUGGUUCGCGAUCAGCUGAACACAGCUGCAGACAAAAGCGACGAGCUGGAAGAGUUUAGCCUGCUUCACUCCAAUCGGGCCAGGAAGUUCCGGCCUGCGUUAAAGCCGGUUCCGAACAAGAAGGCGAAUCUUUCGGGCUUCUUUUCGUCGCCUGCACCUAUUCCGGAGUUAAGCUUACAGGGUCCAGAGGGUAAUGCUUCUCUUCUGCCUGAACCCAAAGUCCACGAUAGGCAGAGCCAAGCCAACGGAAAGGUGUCAUCGGGUUCGGGAAUCCUUUCGGAAAGGUCACAGAAUCUUGCUACAGGCCAGGCUGAGCGGAAGCUGGGAACGACUCCUAUAGGUCGCGUUCCAUCAUCUCAACAUCUCUCCGUGCCAGUUUCCCAGAAGCCGUUUCAGCCUUCACCUCUGGGUACAGCUCCCGUGUUGUCAGGGCAACCCUCACGACCCCUGCAACCGGCCCAGCGUGUACUUCGGCACUCUUCCUCAAUCAUCGGCUCCUCUUCACCACCACAGUCUGGAAGCAUCUACACUCCGGUCCCGCAGAAACAGAAUUUCACUCCCAUGCGACGCGAACCAGGGGCUAAGCUCCCCUUGUUCGAACGGGGCGGCGGAACAAAGACCACUGUCACGACUGCUGUACCGCUCAAAGACGACAAUUCAGGCUCAGGCACCACUCCGAAUUCGAUAACUGACAAACCUAAGCAGUUGCUGUUUGGUAUAAAGGAGUCCAUUUCCAAGCUGUUCUCGGACCCGCCCGCUAAGAGCGUUGAAUACGGACCGAACGAGGAGAAUGAAGAGGAGCAAGCGCCUGAAGAGGACAUGGACGACUACGACGAGAUAGUGGAACUCGAAGAAGAACAAUCAUCUACCGAGGAAAGUUUCGAGCCACCACCGCUCAGAUCUCUGCCCGACAAGAACUCUUCCCCUAUCAAGUCUGCCUUGCGACCGCCGACUAAGAGUCGCACGCCCGGUCGUGUGGUGGAGUUUGCCAAUAGCGUCCGACAGUCGCCUACUCCGAGACGCAACGCAGACGUUGAACAGAGGCGUCCUGUGUUUGGGGGUCGUUCCACUCCAGUGAUUAUCACCAGCUCGCCCAGUACCCACACGGAGAGCAGUCCUGUUCCUAGUCCAGCUGGCUCGGAGAGGAUUCAGGAGAACUCGCCUGAGAGGUGCGAGGAGGACUACCAGGACGAAGAACACAAACCGGACGACGAGGCAGAGAUGCACAUGGAUAUGGAUAUGGACAUGGAUGAGGAUAUCGAAUGGUACGAGCAUGAACCGGCGCAAGCACCAGCACCAGCACCAGCACCAGCACCAGCACCAGCACCAGCACCAGCACCAGCACCAGCACGGGCACUGCCGAGAGCGCCGCCGCCAAUCCCUCGCCCACUGAGCCCUGGACGAGGACGGCAACGACAACAGCAACUACAACCACAACCACAGGUUGCUGCUGCAUCACGUCAACCACCGCCACCACCACCGCUCAUCAAACCCACAUCCACCCUCGAAAACUCCCCGGUCAUCCGCUCCGGCGUCUCUCUCUUCGGCCACGGUCGCCGCAGACCACUACCGCCUCCCAUCCCUCCUUCCAACCGCAACAUCGUCACGCCUCUCCAGCCUUUGCAGCCUCUGCAGCCGCUCUACCCUCCCCUACCACCACUUUCCUCCUUCACUCAACAACAACAACCCUCUGAGCCCUCGACCUCGAUGUCGACCUCGACCUCUCAACACCAUAAUGGCCAAGCUUCCACCGGUGCUUCCACCUCAGCCGCCGCUUCCGCCACCACCACCACCACCUCUCACCACCACCAACUCCCAACCCAGGAACCCCUCCCCCCGCCCACCCCCCUCUGGACCACCUCCCACUGGGCCAUCCUCUCCACCGUAAUCCACAACCACCGCAACAACCCGCCCUCCCUCAAAACCCUCGCCAAAGGAAAACGCAAACUCCUCCCCUCCAACCUCCAACGCUUCCUAGGCCAAACCUUCACCCCCUCCCCCGACCUCACUCAACACGACCCCCUUACCGGUCUUCCCAUCGACGAGUCCGUGGUGAUCGAGCAAUGGCAUUUGGACGUCGUUUACGAUUUCCGGGAGAUGUUUAGACGGGCGUGGGGGAGUGAUGAACUUUAUGGAGGUGUUUUCGGGAUGGAUGAGGAAGAAAAGGGGGGGUGGAGCGAGGGGGAGAUUGUGAGGAGGGUGUAUGCGUUCUUGGUGGGGGAGAGGAGGAGGGUGGAGGGACGGGUUGAUAGGGGGAGGAGAAGGGGUGUUGUGUGCUAGGGUGUUAGAGGGUGUUGGUGUUGGUGUUGGUGUGUGUGUAAUGUGGAUGUACUUGUUGUGAGGAGGAGAUUAGAUAGGGGUGUAGGAAGUACUAUAGGAAGAAGAUGAAGGGUUCUAGAACAGAAGAGAAGAGAGGAGAGUGGAGGAAGGAUAGAAGAAGAAGAAAGGACUGGAUACCCAAAGUAUGGAUGCAUGAGUAGGAGAUCCCAAGUUGUUAAGGGUUCUUUGUACAAACAUUGGUUGUUUCUAGUUUCUGAAAUUUGGACAUACAAUAUCACAUUUUUGCAACAAA